AUGGAAGAUGAUGAUGAUGAUGAUGAUGAUGUUAAUGGGUGUACACAAAUGUUGAUGGGUGUAAUGGAGGAACUCCUGAAUCCAACCGCCAAGGGGUUCUAUGAUAUGUUAGAAGACGUUGAUGAACCUUUGUGGGAUGGAUGUGAAAAUUAUUCAAAAUUACAAGCUGCAAUAGAGUUGUUGCAUUGGAAGUCAGAAUACAAUAUAUCUGAGGCUGCCUAUGAUCACAUACUUCCUAUAAUUAAGCAGAUGUUAUCCAAAGGUGAGAAACUUGUUGAGAACUUCUAUGAGACGAAAAAGCUUUUGAAAGAGCCUUAUGAAAGUUCUAUGGUGGCUAAGUUCGGUGAUGAUACUAGUUGCCACCCCCUCUUUGAUAAUGAAACAUGGUGUGAUGUUUCUGGAGGAGUCAAGAAAGGAAGAAUAUAUGGAUUCGGGUCUGUGUCUGAUCCAGCGAGCUUUUUGGAAGGAACAUCUAGUACAAUAACAUCCCAAGAGGUUGUCUAUGAAUGUGUACGAAACGAGAUGCGUGGGGAAAUGGAUGAUAAAGCUGCAGAAAUGGAAGCUAAACAACAACAAAUGCGUGAGGAAAUGGAUGCCAAAGUUGCAGCAAUAGAUGCCAAACAACAACAAAUUGAUGCAAAAUAUGAAGCAAUGGAGAAGAUGUAUGCAACCUUGCAAAAUAUGAUGGGAAGUUGAAAAUUGGAGGUACAUGAACCGAAGAUGAUUGGAUGAACAUGAAAUGAAGAGAGCAGCUAAAAUGUUAUUUUGAAAUUAUGUUUUGUGAAAACUCAUUUCCCGAUGGUUAUUUUGAAGGUUAAACUUUUUUUUUUGUUUGUACCUCUUUUGCAUACAUUGGAUAGUUUUUUUUUCGGAUGUUUUUUGAAUGAUAAUUUGGUAAACUUUGAUAGUUUUGGUGAUGUAAUAU